GGGGUAACCAGAGCGGCUUGUGGGUUAUUCCUUCAGAUCCUGAUGGGUUCCCAAGCAGGCAUGCUGUCCAUGAUCCUCAGGGUAUUUCAGAGAGAGAAUAGAAUACACACAGACACCAGACCAAGGCAGAAGGAGGCCGGCCGCCCGUCAUGGUGGGAAAGGGCAAGAAAAAACUGGUCAUGGAGAAGGCACAGGUCUGUUGGGGAGGUAUCACCCCAAGCCCCCACCAUCAAUGAGCAGGAGAAGAGACACGAGAGGUUGGAGAAGCUCAAAAGAGAGCUCCAGAACAUAAAAAAUGCCAGAGACGAACUUCAGGGAAUCCUGGCCAACUACACUAACAAGGAUUUAAAUGACAGGAUCAACUUUGAGACAUUCAUGCUUGAGAUGCAACAUGACCAGGUGAUGACUGACCUGAAGAGAAUGCCCCAGGAUAUCAGUGAGGCCUUGUCCAAGUGCAAGCAGUUGACUAAAGAAAAUCAGUUCUAUUGGUCUGAAAUAUUCUGCAGAAGCUCAAACAGAUCAGAGACCAGGUCAAGAUCUUGCUCAGGCACAACUGUUCACCAGGAGCACUGGGUGUGCAAAGCAAAUUAACCACCAUUGCAUCUAAUCCUUGUACCCAUGGCAAUCUUGGGCUGCAUUUUCUUCUUUUUUGGUUUGCUAUGGGUAAUGAGGCCUUUAUUUUGUCUAGCCUCUGGUCCAGCAAGACUGCCUGUUUGGAAGGCUUCAGAGAAGUGCUGAGAUACAUCUUGUCCUGAUGGGUCAUCUAGAAUUAUUUCAUGGUGACCAGUCAAGUGAAUUUGAAAAACUUUGAGUUAUCAUCUGUAACAUCUCUCAUGUUAGCUUUGGAAGGCCUAUUCCAUCAGCAGAACACCCACCCCAAUGAGGCAUGCCUAUAUUCAUCCUGAACAGAUUAUUACCAUCAGUGACUGCCUUUGCACUAUUUCACCAAGGCCAGCUACAGGCUGUGGGUCUGUGCUGAACAUCUGCUGCAAGAGAAUGAUGCUUAGCUUAAUUAUUUUGUUUGGUUUUGGUUAGAAUUUUGAUUUCUUUGUGUUUUUGGUUUUCCUGUGUUUUCAUUUGAAGUUUCAUUAUAUAGUCAUUAUCUUUUUGUUACUGUAAUUAAUUUGCUUUUUUUGCUAAGUCUAUAUACUGUAUAAACUG